CAAGACGGUUAUUGGGAGAUGUUUUAAUCCACAGGUACAAGAGAUGAAGGCGUUGCUUCAUAUGAUGCCUCGUAUCUGGGGGCUGGAAGGGAAGGUCGCUGGGGCUGAUUUAGGGAUGGGGAAAUUUCAGUUUGACUUUGAUAAUGAAGAAGAUAUCGUUGCGGUGCUCAAAAUGGAACCUUUCCAUUUUGAUAAUUGGAUGGUAUCGAUGGUGAGAUGGACGCCUUCAGUUGAUCCAGAUUACCCGUCUACUUUGAAGUUUUGGGUUCGUGUUAUGAAUGUACCUCUGCAGUUUUGGGCUGAACCGACAUUCAGAUACAUCGGAAAAGGAUUGGGUCAUGUGGAAGAGCAUGAAGGAGCGGUUGAUCUGCAGAAAGGUAGAGUACAAGUCACGAUUAAUGGUCUCAAACCGUUAGUUUUUGACACUGAGAUUGAGUUUUCCAAUGGGGAAGAGACGCUGGUUAACCUAUGGUAUGAGAGGCUGCAUGGUUAUUGCGAGGUGUGUUUUAGUUUGUGUCAUGAGUCAUCUCAUUGCCAAGCUAAGGAGAGGGUCCAAAGUAAACACAAAGAGUCCGGAGAGGAAGAAGGAGAUCGGAAGAUGCUUAGUUACCGUGGUGCGGUCAACUCCGAGAGAAGGAAUGGCUCUGGCCAAGAGGGAAAACUUAAGGGUACUUCACAGGAGAUUUCUUAUGGGGAGAGAAGUUACAAGGAGGAGCAGAGGCAUAAUAAUGGCUAUCAACAUGGGAACAAGAAGCCAAGGGCCGAUAGUUAUCAUGGUGAAGGGUCAUCGCGGUAUGGGCGGAACCAAAGUUAUGGUCAGCAAAACGAGCAUCGUGAAAGGAAGGUGACGGCGAGGGUGGAGCAGAAACAAGCUGGGGCUCAUUAUGAGGUAAAAACAAAUGUGGUUAAACAGGGUGAGGUGCCAUCGAAACAAACCCGUAAGGCUUUGUUUCACGGGGACAGCGGGACAGACGGACAGAAAAAGGAUGCAUUGAAGAUCUCUGAUCAGUCAUUGGUACAGGUCGGUGUGGCGGGGGCUGAGGCGAAAUUGGUUGUGGAGAAGGAGAAGGGAGUUUCUUUGGUUAUGGCAGAUUGUACGGAUGGGACUGAAUCCCUGACUCAACAUGCUGAUACUAGAGGGUCUAAGGAGAUGGAGGGGAUUACAACCAAUCAGGUCAGUGGUUACACUCCUUUAAUGGAAUCUGGAAUGGGUGGAAAUGAAGUUUUAAUGGAAGAUAAAAGUCUGGCGGAGGACGAUUUACUUGAGGACAUAUCGGUUUCGUCGGAACAGAAUGCGGACGGAACGGGAGAGGCUGAAGAGGGCCAAAUGAGUGAUGGCGAAGACGAUAGCAACCCCAAUGGUUCGAUGGUGGUGUCAGAGGCGCCGAUUCGGAAUGACAGGGUGGUGGAUACAGGAAAAAGAGUGAGGAAUGGAGGUGUGCUAAAAGGGGUGAGUUCCAAGAAAAUGAACGCACAACUUUUAUUGUCUCCUAAAAGAAGGGUAACAGGAACAAGUAAGGACCCAGUGGGGGAGAGUAUUAAUCGCGACGCAGGUAGAGGAGGACCUGGCGGCGCAAAGCCACCAAAGCCAAAGUUGAAUAAAUGAAGAUUCUAAGUUGGAAUUGUCAAGGUUUA